AUGUUUCAGUUCAAACUAGUUUUAUUGGGAGACUCGUCAGUAGGUAAAUCAUCCAUAGUUCAUAGAUUCGUGAAGGAUUCAUUUGAUGACUUCCGUGAGAGUACAAUUGGUGCAGCAUUUCUAUCACAAACCAUAAAAAUCAGGGAUACUUCGAGCGAUUCAACUGAAGAUACGGUAAUAAAAUUUGAAAUUUGGGAUACUGCUGGUCAAGAACGCUACAAGUCAUUGGCACCAAUGUACUAUCGCAAUGCAAAUGCUGCCCUGGUUGUAUACGACAUCACACAACAAGACUCUUUAUCAAAGGCUCAAAACUGGGUGAACGAGUUGAAGAAUAAGGUCGGGGAUGAGGAUCUAAUUAUAUGUCUUCUAGGAAAUAAAUUAGAUCUUUGUGAUUCUAGCGACAACGGUGAUAAACGAGCAGUAAUGACGGAUGAAGCAAAGGUUUAUGCUGAAGAACAGGAUUUGUUAUUUUAUGAAGUAAGUGCAAAGACGGGUCAAGGAGUAAAAGAUGUUUUCCAGAGUAUUGGUGAGAAGCUUUAUCAGAUAAAGAAAGAGGAGAUGUUGAGCAAAAAAGGCCGUCAAGCCGCAAGCGCCAAAGAUAGUGUCAAUGUCAAGUUGCAGAGACCUUCCACUAAUGAUCCAACGUCAUGCUGCUAUUGA